AUGAAAACUACUGCAAUUUUUUUCGUCGUCGCGGCUCUUGUAGCCGUGUCAUCGUCCAUUCCCGUUGAACACUACGAAGUUUAUCCCGAACAAGCCUACGAAAUUUACUCUCCGGUCGAAAUCCAACGGUUCAGACGCUCUCCCGACGAUGGCGAAUGGGUUUUCAAACCCAACGUUGGUAGAGACGCCAAAGGAAACACCGGAGCCAACAUCGAACUCGAACGCAAGGGAGAAGACCACGACUUCCGCGCCACUUAUUCGAACAUGGGACCAGAAACGUGGAGCGUUGGAGGAACCUUCAGGUGGUAA